GUGAGUUUGUGGGAUCCAUUCUUUCCUUUUGAACGAAGCGAAUACUAACUGAAUAUCCAACUCUCAGUCGACUGAAAAUGUCUAAACUACAGUUGUUGCAUGUGUUUUUAAAUGAGCGUUUAACGGCGGCUGCUGUGGAGAUUUUCGGAGCAGUUGAGAAAACGGUAGUGGAGUACCAGGAGGAGAAUUAUCGUCUACGGAGACUACUGCGGAUAACACCGGACAUAAAACAAUACUCCUUGCAGCUCUCUCUUGCUGUCUCUGAAGAGAAUGUUCCCCUUGAGCAGCAGCACUUUGAUCAGGAGUGGAGCCCCAGUCUGGGGCAGGAGGACCCAGAGCCCACACAGACUAAACAGGAACAUGAGGAACUCAGGACCAGUCAGGAGGAAGAGCAGCUUCAAGGGCAGGAGGCUGAUAUCAUAGAGUUCAAAUUCCCUCAUAUUUGUGUGAAAAGUGAAUGUGAUCAGGAGAACCCACUUCAUUCCUUGUCUCUUCCCCAAACCCAGACUGUGGAGAACAGAGAGAGUGCCUCUAAACCAGUGGAUCUCACACCUUUUGUCACUGUUACCCACCUAAAGGGUCUUGACAUUCCCUAUGACCCUCCAGAUAAUCAAAACAAUGCCUCCAGCCACAGGUCAGCUGUAAGCAGCGACCCAGUAGGACUUGACAGCAGCCCACCAUUGGAUCCCAACCCAUCAAUGGGGGAACACUGUUCCAAACCCAGCACCACGUCUAGAAAAACUCACCGCUGCUGUGACUGUGGAGAAACGUUUGCUCUGAAAGCUGACCUGCAGGGGCACGUGACUCUCGCCAAGAAGAGACCCAGCGAAUGCCGCCUCUGCAAAAAACGCUACAACUCCACCUGUAAAUUAAAGGCCCAUGUCAGACUCUGUCACAUGGAGAAACCCUGCACCUGCCCCUUUUGUGGAAAGACCUUCAAACUCAAAGGAGAUCUGUCCAGACAUAUGAGGAUUCACACAGGAGUGAAACCAUUUAGCUGUGGAGACUGUGGAAAGAGUUUCAAUCAGAAGGGGCACCUAACUGAACAUAUAAGGACUCACACAGGAGAGAAACCAUUUAGCUGUGGUGUCUGUGGGAAAAGCUUCAUUCAGAAGGGGGACCUAAGGAGGCAUAUACUGACUCACACCGGAGAGAAACCAUUUAGCUGUGGUGACUGUGGGAAAAGCUUCAAUCGGAAGGGGAACCUGAAUUUGCACAUACUGACUCACACAGGAGCGAACGUCCACAAAUAAAGAAACAAAUAAAGAAAACAGGAUGGAAACACAAAGAAGAAACAAAUUAGGACAAAGACAUCUUGUCAGAAGAUGGACAACACUCUUUGGAAAAGCAAAGCAACUCUGGAACAUUCAUUCUCUGGGUUUCAGAUAAAUAGAUGUCAUGAAUUGACUUUUGUAAAACGUUCUAUGUAAAUAAAGUUUGAUUUGAUCUAACAGUA